AUGGCAUUUACGGAACAAUUUGGCGAAUCUGAGGACGAUAAUUACGAGUGGGAAGCUAUUUUAGGAGAACAUUUUGACGAAGAUAAUGACAAUCUUUCUCAAAUGACGAAAACAUUCAAGAAAACAAUUCUUCAGAGUUUUAAUGCAUCAAAGGAAAAUUACUUCAACAAAAAUAAUUUUUCAAAGACUUUCCUUCAUCAAAUCAAUUUGGACCCUCAAACAUGGAACCGAACAACUCAGAACCAAUCGUUUUUAUGUACAACAGCAGAAAUAAAUUUGUCAUCAGCCAAGACAUCAAGAUUUUAUCUUUACAACACUACUGGAAAAGAUGGAGUGACGCAAGGUGACUAUGUACAUAUUGUCAUUGAAACACGUAACGCACGUGACAAAAGAAGAAAUGUGGGCGGUGACUUCUUCUUCGGAGUAAUGAAAAACACUAAAUUGAAGAAAAGUACAAGUGGCAGAGUAAUUGAUUAUAACAAUGGUACAUACAGUGUAUAUUUUUAUGCAAGUUGGCAUGGGAGUGCUGAAAUACUGAUUACAUUGUGGUAUACCAAGGAAGCCAUACAAUGGAUUGAUACAAUGUAUAAACCACGAGAAAGGCAUGUAGAAUGGGAUGGAAUUUUCACACAUGCUAAUAAAACAGAACAUAGUCGUUGUUAUGUUGUCAGGAAUGAAAUCUAUUUGAAUAAGUGUGAGUACCGGAACAAGAAUGCAUUGGGAGACACUGUGUUUGCGUGUGACAAACCACCAACUCUACCAUGCGAGUCAUUGGAACAAGCACGUGCAAAUGGCGAAAGUGUGGAAAACAGUAUAAAAACUCGUUUACGACCUGACCAGGAAAUAUUAUUCAAAAGCCCGUAUCUGACGUCAGCCGUUGGAAGUCCACUCACCAUCAUGAUUAAAGAUAACAGCAAACAACUGAAGAAAGAUUUAGAUGAUCGUUUGUCUUGUACAUCAGGUUUUCCUACAUUGAUGUCAACAGGAUUUUGGGAGACUGAAAGUAGAUGGAUAUCACUAGCAUGUAAGACAAGUCACUGGACAGAAACCACUGCAGGUGAAUGCCUGAGGGGUAAAACUGUAUAUCUAUUGGGAGAUUCAACAAUGAGACAGUGGCAUGAAAGCAUGACAGACCUCAUGGAUGUGAACAAUAUUUCUCGUUCAAAUCUACGCCAUUUCUGGAGAGGCACUGAAUAUAAUAUUUCACUAGUAUUUAAUUUUCAUCCCAUUAUGAUUGGAAGUAAGUAUAAUUCGUUUUGGAAACAAAAAUUUUCAGCUGAUGUCAUAGAUGAAAUAGAAGAUUGUAAUGCGGCAAUAGUUUUGAGUCUAACGUAUCACUUUUGUACAUGGACUAAAGAGUCAUACAUUGAAAGACUGAAUCAUGUGAGAAGAGCUAUUAUACGUCUACAAGCUCGAUGUCCAGACACUGUCGUAAUGAUAAAAAGUUCACACCCAAGAGAUCACAAUAAUUGGAAGGGACACAUCCAUAGCAGUGACUGGACUUUAUUUGAUAUGAACAGAAUAUUGAGUGAAAUAUUCUCAGAUAUUGGUGUAAAAUAUAUAGACAUAUGGGACAUGUCUCUUUCACAUUUCCACAAAAAUAACGUUCACAUGCCAUUGGAAACUGUUAUUCGUCAGCAAAUUGAUUUGAUGUUAUCGUUUGUGUGUCCAGCCCAUAUUUCAUCCAAAUAG